AUGCGACCUAGCGUGAGACUUGAUAAAGCUAAAGCGCUCCACCCAGAAGCUUCAACCCGCAACAACCCAUUAUACUCAUCGUCGCCUGAUGGCGUGGGUUCAAGGGAAAUGGCUCUGACUUCGAAGAAAGCGUUCAAUUUCUUUGAGGUUUCUCAAGUCCAGGUUCCGGACGAUAGCUCCGCCGUCAUUAACGAUGAUGUCGCGUGUAUAUGCACUGGAUCCGAUAAUCUAUUCAUAGGAAGCAACGAUGGAAAAGUACACAUAUUGUCACAUACGUUCAGGAUCGUUCGGUCCUUCAACGCGCACGAUGCCGGAGUCAUUGGACACAUGAGACAAAUCGAGGGGACUUCACUCUUGGUUACUAUUGCGGAAGAUUUACCGAAUGAGCCUGUGCUGAAGGUCUGGGCUCUAGAUAAGAUUGAGAAGAAGACUGGUGCUCCGCGAUGUUUGUCGACGGUGUCUGUUCAGAACGGCCGACGACCCUUCCCGGUGUCAACGUUUGUCUGCCUCGAAGAUCUAUCACAAGUUGCUGUUGGUUUCGCGAACGGUUCGGUUGCUAUCAUUCGGGGCGACCUCAUCAAUGACCGGGGGGCUAGACAGCGGAUUGUCUUUGAGUCGCAGGAACCAAUAACCGGACUAGAAGUGCAACAUGGCCACACAAUCACCACUCUUUUCAUAGCCACUACAAACCGAAUUCUUACACUCACAAUUGCUGGUAGGGGUCAAGGCCAGCCGGCGCGUGUACUAGAAGAUGCGGGCUGUGCACUCGGGUGUAUGGCCCUUGACAAGGAAACAGGCGACAUAUUGAUCGCGCGAGAAGAUGCCAUACAUACAUAUGGUCUACGAGGACGCGGGCCUAGUUUUGCGUAUGAUAGCCCUAAGCAUUCUUUGAAUCUUUUCAAGGGCUAUGUGGCUCUGGUGUGCCCGCCAAAGACCGCUGCGUCAAAAUCAGAUCCGCUACACAGAUUUAGCGUUGGUCAAACGGAUGAUAUUUUCAACACCACCACAUUCACCUUUCUUGACACUGAUCUGAAUUUUGUUGCACAUUCAGAGGCACUCAUUUCUCGCCCCAAGACUGUGUUUACUAUCUGGGGUGAUCUGUUCUUGAUAGGCUCAGAUGGAAAGAUCACUCGGUAUCAUGAGAAAAAUCUGCAACAGAAACUUGAGAUUCUGUACCAGAGAAAUCUUUAUAUCUUGGCGAUCAACCUUGCCCAGAAAGCGGGAAUUGAUACACUACAGCAGAAUGUUAUAUUCCGCAAAUAUGGCGAUUUUCUCUAUCAGAAAGGAGACUACGAUACAGCCAUGCAACAAUAUCUGAGAGCUAUAGACAAUACGGAACCUUCCCAAGUCAUUCGCAAGUUCCUUGAUACACGGCGAAUUCACAACCUGAUUGAGUAUUUGGAAGAACUCCACGACCAUGAUAGAGCAACAGCAGAUCACACGACAUUACUUCUCAACUGCUAUGCGAAACUCAAAGACACAUCCAAACUAGAUUCAUUCAUCAAAGCUCCAGGUGAGCUGAAAUUCGAUCUUGAAACAGCCAUUGCCAUGUGUCGCCAGGGAGGUUACUUUGAGCAAGCCGCAUAUCUAGCUACCAAACACGGCGAAAAUGACAUGGUUGUCAGCAUUCUCGUCGAAGACUCCCAGAAAUAUGCCGAAGCUCUAGAAUUCAUUUCUCGCCUUGAACCUGAUGUAGCCUAUCCCAACCUCAUGAAGUAUGCUCGAGUACUGUUAGGGCAUUGCCCACAGGACACAACCCAGCUUUUCAUCACUUUCUACACCGGCAAAUACCGUCCGAAGCAAGACAUUGAACCCCCUUCGGAGUCUCAGGCGCCUCAACAGAGCGCAGUUCGCAAUUUGGCUGCCUUUAUACCUCUGCCCUAUGUUGGCGCAAGUUCUGUCACGACAUCUCAGCCGUCUGAACCUCAGCUAUCGCCGGAGUCUGACAACACCGAUGCUAUACCUAUUUAUGAUAUUCCCAAGCCUCGGAGUGCGUUUUCGGCAUUUGUCGAUCAUCCAACUGAAUUUAUCGUCUUCCUUGAGUCUUUAAUAUCAGAGAAGUCUUGGAGUGAGCAGGAUAGAAUCGACUUGUAUACUACUCUGUUCGAGAUGUAUCUCGACAAUGCAAAGAAGGCUAAAGAUCCUAGCGUCAAGACUGACUGGGAAACAAAAGCCAAGAAUUUAAUUCAGGGCAAGGAUAUACCUAUAUCAACAUCAAAUGUCUUACUUCUCUCGGACUUGUCCAAUUUCGAAGAAGGCACGACACUGGUCAAGGAGCAAGCAGGGCUGCGAUCAGACAUUUUUCGGUCAUAUACCGCCGCCAAAGACACUCAAGGUGUCAUCAAAGCACUACGGAAAUAUGGUCCACAAGAGCCUCAGCUAUACGUUGACGCUCUGGCUUACUUUGCAUCUAGCCCUAAGAUUUUAGCCGAAGUUGGCGAUGAGUUGAAUGUGGUUCUCAAGAAAAUUGACGAGGAGGGAUUGAUGGCCCCAUUACAAGUCAUUCAAGCAUUAAGCACCAACGCAGUUGUCACAAUGGGUAUGAUUAAGAAAUACCUCAGUCAGAAUAUUGAGCGGGAACGAAAGGAAAUUUCAACGAAUCGUCGCUUAAUUUCAAGUUACACAAGCGAAACAGAGACUAAGCGAAAAGAACUCGAGCAACUCAACUCGCAACCCGCUGUAUUCCAAGCUCGUCGCUGUCAAUCGUGCGGUGGAGGCCUUGAGCUACCUACUGUCCACUUCCUCUGCAAGCACUCCUUCCAUCAACGUUGCCUCAACAAGACAGGCGAAGACGCCGAAUGCCCCAUAUGUGCACCACAAAAUGCGACUAUAAAAGCCAUUCGUCGUCGCCAGGUUGAGUCUGCUGAUCAACAUGAUCUCUUCACCGAAGAAUUGAAGCGUAGUAAGGAUAGGUUUGGAACAGUGAGCGAGUUUUUUGGCCGGGGUGUUAUGGGAUUGCAUGGUACUGAUUAA